CGCCUCUCUCUGCUCCCAGUGCCCGUGGGAGACUGGGAGCCGCAGCAGGGGCUGCCUCCCUGCCCGCCCCAGCGGCCGACCCCGCUGAGGACAGGCGCCGAGGAGGGGAGCUGGCGGGGCUGGGAGCCAGGCCCACGUCCCGAUGCCUGUGCCAGGUCUGUGUUGGCUGCAUUGCUGCCGGAGAGGGUUCAGCCUGCUGGGCCGGGACUAUGGGGAGUCCGAUACCGCCGAGGAGCUGGUGGCGGUGCGGCACCAGCCCGUCAGGACGGUUCCUUCCGAUCAGAGUGUGGGGGACCCCGAGAUCCACGACAGUCCAGAACCUCUGGAGGAAAUGAGGCAUCUGAUCAACCAGAAAGCGAAAAGAGACUCAAUAACUGUGGAAGGGGACGUCGUCAUCCAAGGCUGGCUCUUCCUACAGCUGCCCACCGGCACGAAGGUGCCCUGGCCGAGGGUUCGGAAACGCUGGUUCGUGCUCACUCAGGACUCGCUGGACGUCUACAGCAGCAACACUGCCAGCGCCGGGCGGCUGGGCUCCAUGGUGCUCACCAGCCUGUGCUCGAUCCGAGGGGCCGGCAGCAGCUGCUUCAGAAGGACAGGGUACUGGAAUAUCACAGUCUACGGUCGGAAGAAUCACUACGAGCUCUACACCAAAAAGUUAAGCGACUGCAUUCAGUGGACACGGGCCGUGCAGGGCGUUAUCAGCAGCAAAGCUCCUGUCCAGACACCCACCUUGCUACUCAUCAGGGACAUCAAGGAGAAUGUGUCCAACACGGAAAUGGUGGAGCAGAUUUAUAAAUGGAAUCCCAUUCUGCAGCACAGCCAGAAGCCACUCUACGCCCCUCUCCUCCCGUUCCCCUACGGGGCUGCCAGCUACUGCGCCAGGAGCGCGAAAGGUUACACAAACCUCCAGGAUGAAGCGCUCAAGGUGUUCAACUCCCUGCAGCAACUGGAGACCGAGCGAGAUCCCAUCCCGCUCAUCCAGGGGAUCCUGCAGACCGGCCUGGACCUGGAGUUGCUCCGCGACGAGAUCUACUGCCAGCUGAUUAAGCAGACCUGCAACCCUCCCCGGGCUGGAGACGUGGGCGACCUGCGGAACUGGCACCUCCUCACCUGCAUGAGCAUCACCUUCCUCCCCAGCAGCAGCGUCCUCAGCUACCUGAGCUUCCACAUCCAACGGUCACGGCAGCGGUUCCCAGACACGGAGAUCGAGCGAUAUGCGGAGUUCAUCGCAGGUUCGCUGAGGAAAACCAAGGGCAGGCUGUGCGUGCCAUCCUCCCAGGAGAUCAGGCAGCUGACGCGGCGACAGCAGAUGAAGUGUACCAUCUACUACGCCGGCUCCAGCUUCUGCAAGCUCGCCAUCAAUUCACACACCACGGCGGCAGAGGUUGUGAGGAGCUUGCUGACGAGGCUCGACCUACAGAACAGCCGUAAUCGUUUUGCUCUCUUCGAGCAGACCAGGAGGGAGGAGUGGCUCGUGGGUGAUGACACCAUCGUGGCCGACAUCCUGACCAGGUUUGAGAAAUUCUCUGCGAGCGUGGCCGAGGCAGGGACUGAGUGCAGACUCUGUUUCAAACUCUUCUGUUUCCUGGAGCCAGACCACGGCCCGGCCAACAACGUGGAACUCAGGAUUUUCUUCGAGCAGGCCCAUGAGAUGGUGAUGAAAGGGUGCCUGCCGGCGCCGGACGAGACCUUGCUCACCCUGGCUGCCCUGAGGUUACAGUUCACCUGCCGGGAUUUCAGCACCCACGCCCCGCUGCCCAAGGUUCAGGAGCUGUUCCCCAUCUGCGCCCUCCGCUCCAGGCUCACGCAGCCAGGGAAACUGCCGCCGCCUGCCGCGGGCAAGAAGGGCCGGGGGCACUUGCUGCCGGAGACGCUGGCGAGGAGCCUCUGGGGGGCCACCGGUCACAAGCAGAGACUGGAGGAGGAACAGUCACUGAGGGUUCAGCUGAAAGAGGAGAGCACCGCCACCAUGUCCUGCAUCGUGGAGCAGUGGAAGAGGCUCCAGGGCAUGGGCCAGCUGGACGCCAUGACGGCGUACCUCAGCAUCCUGAAGCAAUGGGGGGUGUACGGAGCCAGCAUGUUCGAGGUGCAGCUGUUCACGACAACUUCAAGGAGCACGGCUGAGACGCGGUGUUUGGCAAUUGAAGCAAAGGCUGUUUCUCUCUACAAGCCAGGAGAUAUCGAAUCCAUGGAGAGUUUUGAUUACCAGCAGAUUACAUCGUUCGAGAAAACCGACAAGAAAACACUCAGAAUUACUCUGAACAAAAGGACUUUGCUGCUCGAGUCCUGCAAGGCCCAGGAGAUUUCUCAGCUGAUGAAGAUAUACAGCACCCACCACUGUAGAACAUGGACCCGAGCUGGCAGCCAUCCCACAAAACCCAGAGCCACAGUGGCCUUGCCCAACACUCCCCAACUGGUCCAGUACAAGGACCUCAGCACAGAGCAGACUUUUACCUCAGGAGGCAUGUGACGCAGGAAGUACAACGGGAGAGGAAGCCGCUUUUCUUUUGGCAGGAUGGUCCCGGUCCAUUGUUGUACCACACCAGCACAUCCAAAACUCACCUUUCUGUGCCUUCUCUUCUUCCCAACCGCUUCCGCACAAGCUGCAGGAGAAGAGUGGUCCGUCGGUACCAGGUGUCCUCAAGAUCUCUGCGGUCUCUCUGGGUCGUGCCCCAAGAUUCAGGAAAUUCAAACUGAAGAUCCGGCAAAGAGCACGAUUAUUUUCAAAUGUCUUUUUUUUUAAAUAUAUUUUUAAAACGCUAAGUCACAGAGCAGGAAUGGUAUUAAACUACCACGAAGACAGAAAUAGGAAAAAGAACAUUUCCUCAAAAACUGGGCAGUGGGAUAAACACAUCGCUCUGAACCACAAUCAGUGCACAGGGCAAGAUGUUAUGGAGAGACGCCCCACAGCAUCUGGUUCCCCGGCAGAACUGAAUCGGUAAAACACUACGAAUCACCAGCGAGUGAUUUGAGCUGGAACCGGGCGAGAUGAUGUGGUGAAGGGGACUGAGGGCUGGAACGUCACAACCCGGUUCCCGGGAGAAAUCUGAGGGAGGAAAGGAAAACCGGGAAUUCCACUCUUCCUGACGUGACUUGCUUUAACCCGGCAAUUGAGUCAAUCACUCCCACGAGUAGAGCUCCAGGCCCAGUCGGUCUGGAACUAAUUAAUUACUUCACUUGGCACCAUCUCGACAUGCAGGAAGUGGUGUGGCAGCCCAGGGUAACAGAUUGCACUAACUUACGCCAGUCCGAAGCUGCCGUGAGCAUCCUCGGGCCUCGAUGUCUAAAGCUGCUGGCAGCUUUUCCUUUACAAAACCCUCCCUCUUUGUAAAUUUGCUCCAUAAAACAAAAGCUUUUUUUAAAAGAAAAAAUUAACUCUCAACAUUUCCUGUCUCAUCCAAUGUACAUGUAAUGCACUACACUGUACAGCUGAACAAGGGUGCAUCAUGUAAAGGAUUUUCUGAUUAAAAGAACUGACUAUA